AUGAGUUUGAAUACUUACCAAUUUGAUCAAGUUAGAGUGAGAAAUAAGCUUGCUCGUAUGGUCAUCCUACAUGAAUAUCCCCUUUCAAUGAUUGACCAUAUUGGGUUUAAAGAAUUUGUGGCUGAUCUUCAACCUAUGUUUAAUCUUGUCACAAGAAAUACUUUGAAGAGUGACAUUCUUAAAAUCUAUGAUAAUGAGAGGGAGAAAGCUUUGAAGAUGACAGACAAGAAUGGAAGUAGGAUGGCAAUUACAACUGAUAUGUGGACUUCAAGUAACAAAAAGAGAGGGUUUAUGGUCAUUACUGCUCAUUUUAUUGAUCAUACUUGGACGUUGCAAAGCCGGGUUCUAAGGUUUGUUUAUGUUCCUUCUCCACAUACGAAAGAUGUCCUUGCUGAAGUCCUUGUUGAUUGUUUUUUAGAGUGGAACAUUGAUAGGAAGUUGUCUAUAAAAACUGUUGAUAAUUGUAGUACUAAUGAUGCCAUGAUUAGACUUCUUUUGAAUAAGCUUGAUACUAGUUCUCUUAUGUUGGGUGGGUCUAUGUUGCAUAUGAGGUGUGCUGCACAUAUUUUGAAUUUGAUUGUUCAAGAUGGGUUGUCUCUUAUUGGUGAUGGUAUUGAAAGGAUUCGUAAUAGUGUGAUUUAUUGGACUGGAUCACCAAAACGAAAGCAGAAAUUUGAAGAAAAUGCACGUCAAUUGCGUGUUCAAUGCACCAAAGAGUUAGUUUUAGAUUAUAAAACUCGUUGGAAUUCAACUUACUUAAUGCUUUCUACUGCAUUGAUUUAUAAAGAUGUUUUCUCACGUUUGGCUAAACGUGAAAUAUCUUAUACUUGUUUACCAUAUGAUUAUGAUUGGGAAUUAGCCAAAGAUAUUUGUGGGAGGUUGGAGUUGUUUCAUAGUGCGACUAAGUUUUUCUCUGGUCGUAAGUACCCCACAACUAAUAUAUAUCUUAAUUUGGUGUAUGAGUUGAAAAUUGCAUUGAAUUUGGAGUAUGUCUUCAAAUGA